AUGAUUGAACCCUACAACAAGCUUGUUAAACUAGCCGCGAGAGCUUUCUAUGACGAUCUUACCAGCAAAGGAGAUAAUCAACCCAAAACGGGAAGGAGUGAUAACAGAGGAAUUGCCGUAGUUGUUCUUGAUGCGCUCACCAGACGACAAUGGGUUAGAGAAGAAGACUUGGCAAAGGACCUCAAAUUGCAUUCAAAGCAACUUCGUCGAACUCUGCGGUUCUUUGAAGAAGAAAAAAUUAUCACACGAGAUCAUAGGAGAGAGACAGCAAAAGGUGCAAAAAUAUAUAGCGCAGCUGUAGCUGCUACAGCUGAUGCUGCAACAGGAAAGGAGGGAGAAGAAAAGGUCAAGCUACAUACACACUCUUACUGUUGUCUAGAUUAUGCACAGAUAUAUGAUGUGGUUAGGUACAGACUGCAUCGCAUGAAGCAUAAGCUGAAAGAUGAAUUGGAGAACAAAAACACUGUUCAGGAAUAUAUAUGUACAAACUGUGGGAAAAGAUACAAUGCUUUGGAUGCAUUGCGGUUGAUAUCUUUUGAGGACGAGGACUUCCAUUGUGAGCGGUGUAAUGGAAAACUAGAGGUUGAAAGUGAUAAGUUAGCUGCUCAAGAUGGGGGAGAUGGAGAUGGAGAUGAAAAUGCAAGAAGACGACGGCGUGAAAAGCUAAAGGACAUGCUUCAAAAGAUGGAGGUACAACUCAAGCCUUUAAUAGACCAACUCAGUCGGGUAAAAGAUUUGCCGGUUCCAGAAUUUGGCACUCUUCAAGCAUGGGAAGCUCGAGCUAGUGCAGCUGGGCGUGCAGCUAAUGGAGAAAAUGCUGGCGAUUCUAAAAUGUCUCAUUUGGGAUAUAAUGGUGCACCAAUGCCAUACAGUGGAGAUACCAAGGUGGUAGUUGACUUCAAUGGUACUGAAGGCAAAGGAGAGGGUGUUAAAUCUGAAACUGACAGUACAUCUUUAAAGGUUUUGCCUCCAUGGAUGAUUACAUCAGGUAUGAAUCUAACGAAGGAACAACGUGGAGAAGUGAAGCAGGAAAUAAAAAUGGAUGGGACUUCAACUUCCACAGCAGCACAAUAUACAGACGAGAAAAAGUCAACAAUUGUGCAUGAUGAUAAAAAUAUACAGGAUGAGUAUAUUAAGGCCUAUUACGCCGCUUUAGUUAAGAAGCAACACGAAUUGGAAGAAGCUGCAAAAAAUCCCCUAGAUGGGAACGGUGCAGAUGAUCCUUCUGGCAGUACUUCCAAUCGCAAAGUUGGCGGUAAAUCAAAACGCGAGGAAGAUGAUGAUGGUACUGAAUGGGAAGAAGCUCCUGUUAGAGGAAAUGGAGGUUACAAGGUGGAUUUGAAUGUUGAAGCUGAUGCUCCAGCAGAGGACGAGGAGGAUGAGGACGAUGUCGACUGGGAGGAAGGUUGA